AUGUCUGCAAAUGGCGACGAAGAAAUAAUAUCCGCAGAAGUCGAUGAGCCUCCUGAAUUACAACCAAACGAAUUUACAAAAGCUCCCAUUCGCCCUCAAAACGAUCGCGCGAUUUCCCUUCUUGCAAAAGGUUUGAAAAGCCCGGAAUCCGAGACACAAAAACCUGAUAUACAUAUUACCACCGACUUAAUGCGCCGCCGAUCCCUAAUGAGCACAGUAAGCUUAGCAUCGACUGCCGAACUUACAAGCGAUGGAGGCUUCACAAGUCCUGCUCGCACCAAUACACCCAGCCCACCAUUUCCAAAUACAUCAUAUUAUUCGAUGACUCGGAAACCAACAUAUCCUCCAUCUAAUUCAGUCGUACAUCAUGAAGCGGCUGAUCCAAUCAUUGCAGUUCACACGGAAAUUCUUAACGUUUCACCAAAAGCAGCACCAGUCGUACCUCUUGAGGCUGCUCCAAAGAAACGUUGUAUCAGUUUCGCUUGUGGUGCGCGAAAGGACCCCGCUCCUAAGACAGGGGUAGUUGCCGUCGCGAAACCCCUUGAGCCUGCAGCUCCCGCAGUUGAAGCUCCAAAACGCAAAUCUACCAUUAAAUUUGCUUGUCCUUCUAAGCCUACGGAAAAAUCUGUAGCGAACGUGGAACCCACUGAAAAGACAUCCUUGAAACUCGCUGUGCCAGAUACUCUACCGCGAAGACGCGUUCCAAGCCGAUCACCAUCUACUUCAAGAAAGCCUAGACCUGCUACCACAUCUUCUGCUCGCCCUCAUCGCGAAUCCACAGGAACCGUAAGACGUGCAUCGCAAAGUCCUGUUGCGAUAAGAUGUAAGCCCAAGUAUGUCAUUGCUGGCGAGAAAGAUUUACAAUCCGAGGCUGCUCGAUUUCACGAAUUCUGCAGUGAAGGUUUGGAGGAGGAUGAUUGGAUUCGCACAGAUGGCGAGAUUCCAAAAGCAAAAAUUACCAUCAAUGACACCCUCGCAAAGGAGAUUAGAAUUCGCAGACUCGGAUCGGAAGCCGAAGAAGAAGCUCUGGAGGAAGAAGAUGAUGAAGACUUUGACGAUGGGAACGACUCCGAUAAUGAAGAUGGCUCCGAUGAGGAUCAAGAUGAUUAUGAGGAUGAUGAGACUGAUCGUGUUUACUCUGAUGACGAUGCUACAGAUGGAAAUGAGACAGAUAACGAAGCUGGUUUCGCUGAUUCUGAUGACGAGGAUGAUACCGAAGGUGAUUUUAAUUUCUGGACACCAAAUAAAUUGGAACAAGCACGAUUUCCUAUUCCAAAUGCCGAAGCUAGCACUUACCGUGCUUCUGCAAACCGAACUGCUUCAGCAUCAUCAAUCGAAUCUCUUAACGGCACGGCCCCUAUAAGAGAAUUAUCUAGGGGCAAGCGAAGACCGAGAAAGCCUCGCAGCAUCAAGAUACGCCCAGGAACCCCAGAUCUCCCUGAUAGUACCGAUUUUGUUUGCGGAACACUUGAUGAAGAUCGUCCUCUCGAAGAUGCUUAUGUUUCUUGUAUGGAAGCGAGAAAAUAUGCCAGGCACAUCGCUACCCCUCAGGAUAUUGAUCCAUCUUUCCCAACCUCUGAUCCUGAGGAUGAAGAAGACGAAAUUGAUGAUGUUGCAAAGACAAUUGAGAGUGAUGAACAUGUUUGGAUGCAAGGAAAAUUUGAAGAUUCUGAUUCGGACCGCCGUCGUGCUAGGUCUCGUAGAUCUCCGGGCCAUUCUCCAAGAAAGUUACACUCUCCUCCACCAAAACAACGUCUUCGCUCUCCACCUCCGAAGCAACGUCUCCGAUCACCGCCACCUAAGAAACGUCUCCAGUCACCACCACCAAAGAAACGUCUUCAAUCACCUCCGUUACGCAAGUUGUUUGGGGAUGAAUCUCCAAACAGACCAUGUUCUCCACCACCGGCACGCGUCAUUGAUUCUCCUCCAGCUUCACCUUCCAUCACCGGAAGUCGAGCAAUCAAGUUUGCUCCUUUAGGAUCAAGACCAGGUUUGACUCAUACCAAGUCUCUUCCUCGAACUCCAAAUGCUUUCUGUCGUCAAUAUACUGCGAGUCGUAUUGCUGCAGCUAAUGAAAUCGCUGCAAAGGAUGAUGGUGAUGGACCAUUACGAGGAGCAAUUGAUAUUGUCAAAGGACUUGAGCAAAAGCGACAAAGACGAAAGGAGAAAUUUUAUCAAAAGCAUUGCGCCAAUCGUGCACGCAAAGGACAACCAGAGCGUAGACCACAACCUGGUAAAGGUGCAGAACGUAUGCGAGAGUUGGGAUUACUUAUGGCUGGCAAAACUGGCACUAAUGACCCAUAUAUGCUUUCUGCAUAG